AUCGAAACUCAGUCGUUUCUUUACAUUCCCGGGGAAGUGAGUCCUUAAAAUCCACUCGAACGAUCGGCAACAAACUUUUUUCAAAAAUUCUAUUUUAGUGAGUAAGCGCGACUUGGGUAAACAAUUAAAAAAUAGAAAGAGGAGAGAGUGUUCAAAAGAUAUGGAGGAACAAAACGAACGUAAAAGCGAAACCAUACCGGAAUUUUUCGCUGGAAGGAGCGUUUUUAUAACAGGUGGCACCGGUUUUUUAGGAAAAGUCUUGAUCGAAAAACUUUUACGUUCGUGUCCUGACAUAAAGGAAUUAUUUAUAUUAAUGCGACCGAAGAAGAAUAUGUUAAUCGAGGAAAGACUUGAGAAAAUGUUCACACUCCCGCUCUUUGAUAAACUCAGAGAAAUCAAUCCUUCUGCUUAUAAGAAAGUAAUUCCUAUUAAUGGCAAUGUAACAGAAAAAGAUUUAGGAUUAGAUCCGAUCGAGAAACAAGUACUUAUCGAUAAAGUAUCUAUAAUAUUUCACGUUGCUGCGAACGUUAGAUUCGACGACAGUUUACGGACAGCUAUUUUCUCCAAUACGAGAUCGACUAGGGACCUUUGCAUACUGGCGAAAAAUAUGAAAAAAUUAGUGGCUUUCAUUCACAUCAGCUCGACCUAUGCCCAUUGCGAUAAGUCCUGCGUAAAUGAAACAAUUUAUCCAGCAGAAAUCGAUUGGAGAAAAACUAUAGACAUGGCAGAAAACGUCGACGAUCAUAUAUUGAGAAUUUUAACUGCAAAAUACAUAGGAUCGUUACCAAACACAUACAUCUUCUCAAAGAAGUUGGCCGAAAAUGUGAUAGAUGAUUUUUCUGAUCAAUUGCCUUGCGUUAUUAUUAGACCGUCGAUAGUUAUAACGACCAAGGACGAUCCAAUACCAGGAUGGGUAGACAAUUAUAAUGGUCCAGGAGGUUUGAUGGUUGGUGGUGGAAAAGGAUUAUUAAGAAUACUUUACGCAGAUCCAAAGAAAGAGUUAGAUUAUAUACCCGUCGAUAUCACUAUCAAAUGUUUCAUAAUAUCUGCCUACAUUCGAGGACAAACGACGGUAACGGCAAAUCCAAAGCCCAUGGUCUACAAUGCUUCGUCGUACAACAUAAAGAAGCUCUCUAUACAAGACGUCGUUACUCUGUCUUUAGAAGUGAACCAAAAGAAUCCAUUGGAAAAUGCCAUAUGGUAUCCAAAUUUGUCGAUUACUUCAUGUUAUAUAUAUUAUUACAUCAACGCCCUUCUCUUCCAAAUAUUGCCGGCCUUGAUCUUAGAUCGAAUGUUGAAAUUUGCCGGACAUAAACCAAUGGUACUGAAACUGCAAAGGAAGGUCUUCGUUUCCAACAUUUCCUUGUGUUACUUUAUGAUGAACUAUUGGAAAUUCUAUAACAACAAUAUGUUCUCACUAGUAUCGAAAAUACCCGCCGUGGAUAAAGGAAAUUUCGGAUUCAAUUACUUUGAAUACAACAUACAUGAUUUCUUACUAAUUUCUUUAAGGGGAGGUAAGCAGUAUUUGCUGAACGAGGAUAUGAAUAAGGUCGAUGAGAACUUGCGCGCGCUAAACAAAUUAUGGUGGAUCGACAAGAUAAGCAAAGCUUGUUUCCUCCUCUUGUUUUCGUGGGUCUUUGUCAAAAUGGGACUGCAUAACUAUUUGAUGAACACGAUGUACUCGCUCUAAGACGACGGCUUUACGUUCCACAAAGUUUAGAAAGCAUCGGUUUUAUUGGUUAUAAUUACUAUAUGGGAAUCACAAUAUGGGAAUCAAAACAGUCAACAUUUUGUUCUACUUGGCAUGCAGAUAAUUGGAAAAGUUCUUUUUUGAAUCCGUAUUCUUUGGGUAAAUAAAUCGAGUUCGAAGAAA